CGCGCAUGCGCGGCGGCCGCCGAAGGGGCGGGAUCCGAGGCGAGCGUGGGUUCGGUGCGCCUCAGGAGUAUAAUGUCUCAGGAAGGCGAUUAUGGGAGGUGGACCAUAUCCAGUAGUGAUGAAAGUGAGGAAGAAAAGCCAAAACCAGACAAGCCGUCUACCUCUUCUUUGCAAGGAGCAGCAAAUGAGCCCAGGUAUACCUGUUCCGAGGCCCGGAAAGCCGCACACAAGAGGAAAAUGUCACCUGUGAAAUUCAACGAUACAGAUUCAGUUUUACCUCCCAAAAGGCAGAAAAGCGGUUCCCAGGAGGACCUAGGCUGGUGUCUGUCCAGCAGUGAUGAUGAGCUACAGCCAGAAAUGCUGCAGAAGCAGGCUGAGAAAGUGGUGAUCAAAGAGGAGAAAGACAUCUCGGCUCCCAGUGACGGCACUGCCCAAAGAACUGAAAAUCAUGGCCCUCCCACCUGCCACAGGCUCAAAGGGGAGGAAGAGUACGAGACAUCAGGGGAGGGCCAGGACAUUUGGGACAUGCUGGAUAAAGGGAACCCCUUCCAGUUUUACCUCACUAGAGUCUCCGGAGUUAAGCCGAAGUAUAACUCCGGAGCCCUCCACAUCAAGGAUAUUUUAUCUCCUUUAUUUGGGACGCUUGUUUCUUCAGCUCAGUUUAACUACUGCUUUGACGUGGAUUGGCUCGUAAAACAGUAUCCACCAGAAUUCAGGAAGAAGCCAAUCCUGCUUGUGCAUGGUGAUAAGCGAGAGGCUAAGGCUCACCUCCAUGCCCAGGCCAAGCCUUACGAGAACAUCUCUCUCUGCCAGGCAAAGUUGGAUAUUGCAUUUGGAACACACCACACGAAAAUGAUGCUGCUGCUCUAUGAAGAAGGCCUCCGGGUUGUCAUACACACCUCCAACCUCAUCCAUGCUGAUUGGCACCAGAAAACUCAAGGAAUAUGGUUGAGCCCCUUAUACCCACGAAUUGUUGAUGAAACCCACAAAUCUGGAGAGUCGACAACACAUUUUAAAGCUGAUCUCAUCAGUUACUUGAUGGCUUAUAAUGCCCCUUCUCUCAAGGAGUGGAUAGAUACCAUCCACGAGCACGAUCUCUCCGAAACGAAUGUUUAUCUUAUUGGUUCAACCCCAGGACGCUUUCAAGGAAGUCAAAAAGAUAAUUGGGGACAUUUUAGACUUAGGAAGCUUCUGAAAGACCAUGCCUCAUCCAUACCUAAUGCAGAGUCCUGGCCUGUCGUGGGUCAGUUUUCAAGCAUUGGCUCCUUGGGAGCUGAUGAAUCGAAGUGGUUAUGUUCUGAGUUUAAAGAGAGCAUGCUGACACUGGGGAAGGAAAGCAAGACUCCAGGAAAAAGCUCUGUCCCUCUUUACUUGAUCUAUCCUUCUGUGGAAAAUGUGCGGACCAGUUUAGAAGGAUAUCCUGCUGGGGGCUCUCUUCCCUAUAGCAUCCAGACAGCUGAAAAACAGAAUUGGCUGCAUUCCUAUUUUCACAAAUGGUCAGCUGAGACUUCUGGCCGCAGCAAUGCCAUGCCACAUAUUAAGACAUAUAUGAGGCCUUCUCCAGACUUCAGUAAAAUUGCUUGGUUCCUUGUCACAAGCGCGAAUCUGUCCAAGGCCGCCUGGGGAGCACUGGAGAAGAAUGGCACCCAGCUGAUGAUCCGCUCCUACGAGCUUGGGGUCCUUUUCCUCCCUUCAGCAUUUGGUCUAGACAAUUUCAAAGUGAAACAGAAGUUCUUCGCUGGCAGCCAGGAGCCAAUGGCCACCUUUCCUGUGCCAUAUGAUUUGCCUCCAGAACUGUAUGGAAGUAAAGGUUCCCUCAUCCAUCCACCCUGAAUGAAGACAGAUACUCACCUGGUCAUGGCCUGAGAUCCGACCGAAGCCUGAGAGGUGACUCAGCCACAAGACACUCAGAGUUUAUUAGAAUUGUCUAGUCCCAGCUCUGCUUCCUCCAAGCUGUGAGACCUCGAGGCACUGCAGUAACGCCUCUGAGUCUUCCUGUUCUCAUUUGAAGGACAGGAAUAAUACCUGUCCUUCCUGCCUCAUGGGGUUGUUACAAGGAUCAAAUGAAGUGGUGCUCUUGACCAGUGGCAAGAACUUCAGAAAUGUGGGUUGUAAUGAUUUGUAUUUGUUAGCAGUAAAUAAAAGUGCUUGGAACCAACUGGCAGCCUCUGGGGCAAUUAAGUGUAGAAAAUAAAACCCAUGCCUUUUGGAAACUAGCAUUCUUCCACAUAUAUUGCUUCCAGACUACUAAAUGGAAGUUGUUUCUGGAAGAUGGAUAGAUUUAAAAAUUUUGGCCUUGGAGCCCCUUUUUGCAUCCCACAGAAAGGGGCUCCGUUCACAAGGAAGUCUUCACCCCUAGACUGAGCCUCCCAGAAGCACACCCUGAACAACUCGGCAGAGCUAACCAGUGCAUUUCCUGUCCUGCAAGUACCGUUACUGAUACCUGCUGCCUCCCAGAAGGAAGUGGCAGCAUCUGAUUGGUGGGGUUGGGGGAAUUAGGGAAUGCAUGUUAAUGUGAACCCCAAGAGUGAGUUGAUAGCUGGUGAAGGGGGAGAAGGUAGAGGUGAGGGCCUUUAGGUUGGCCGGCUGGGCUGGCCUCGCAGUCAGUAAAGCCCCUCAUACAGAGCCACUCGUCUCCUGCUGGGAACCACUGACCUUUUGGUUCAGAUGCCUGAUGUAAACUCACUGAUAUGGGAGGGGAGGAUCUGAAUGGGUAGGAGGAAGCAGGGAAAGUUACUAGGACAGAUAGAUUCUAAGGCUUAUCUGAAAGGAAGGAAGGAGUUGUGAUAUGCUACCUGGGAGGUCCAAGGGAGAAGGGCCUGGGCAGUGUGCACCACUGGUGAGGGUGUGAAAAAUGGGCUGGUGACUGGCCACCGAAUGGCUUGGGGAGAAGUGGCCGGAGAGAGGGUCACCUGUGUGGUGGGAAGGGUCGGACAAGUGUUUUUACAUGUUAUGAGAAUGUCUACGUUUGACACGAGAAACUCCUAAGUUUGCAAAGAAAGGAUACACAGCCACCUUCCUUUGAUAUCAGAAACAACAUGCUGGGGAUUAAAAAUAAUUACUUGGCCAAGAACCUUACCAUUUACCAGAAUGCAUCCAUGCAGUAAAUAUUUGGAUGUCUAUUACGUGCCUGGCAUGUCCCACUUCACCCACAGGAGGAAGUCCAUUUUAUAAAUGAAGAAACUGAAGCUCAAAGAAGUAUGUGAAUCUGUCUGAGGUUUCAGUCUUCUUAAAGAUGAGAGCAAACUUCUGCUUCUUGUUCUCCUCUAAUACCAUAGCACACUCAAGAAAUGAGCAUCUUUAGUUGUGCUUGGAUUGGCCGAAUCUGCCUUUAGGUAGAGGAGCAGACUUAAUGGCUUUAAUGAGCCACUUAACUACUUUCUAGAGACAACCUGGAGAUGCUUUUGAAGAGCCCAGUCUGAGACCUGGUUCCAUUUUUCCAUUCCUUCUGUGUCCCUGCCCCCAACCCCCACCCCCAGAACACAUUUGGCAGUGAAGGGGCUCCAAUUCCUGUUCUUGGGAGUGGCACCCACUUGUGCUCAAAGUAGACUUAAGUGGCUUGAAAGUAAGUGCAAGGGUCGGGAGAAGGACUUGACUGCAUGAGGGAACUUUUAGAGGUUAUAGAAAUGUUUCUACCGUAAUUGUGGCAUUGGUAACAUUUAAUAAAACUUGAAUUAUAUACUAAAUUGGUAAUUUUUGUUGGCUGUAAAUUAUAGUUCAAUAAAGCUGAUUUUUAAAACACUCAA